AUGAAAAUGAAAAGAAUGUUGCUAGUCGGCAGACCAAUCCGAACGGUGCGGCGACAUCGUUCUGUUCUGCUAGUGUGUGUGCCAUUAGCGUAAAAGAUGUGUGUGCAAACUGUUAUGGCAACAAAUGAUCGCGAUCACGAUCAAGUGGUUCCGUGUGCAGGCGUUUGUCCCUGUGCCGACUAACGCGAGGGUGGGCACAAACGUCUGGUGAGGAUUACGGAGACAGUUUGGCGAUGUAAUGGCGUACCUCUGUAGGCACGUGUUCCCUGUAUUUGUAUGAAAGUUUACCCAUGAUGUUUGUGACGGUGUGUGUGUGUGUGUUAUUAUGUUCGUGCUGUAACGUGACGAUCGUUUUUAGGAAGAUGAAACGCUGAAAGUGUGGAAAACCGAAACGAGUCCAAAUCGAGUUUUCCAUCCCGAAAAACUAUACAGCUUUCAUCACCUCAGCGAGUGCAAACGAAAUUCGGAAAAGAUCAACCAUAUAUAUUUAUGAUCGCAAUGAGUUGACACGUCUCCCCCGGACUGGCAAACGUGGUACGCGUGCAUUCGAAAAGGUCAUGGAGAAGCCUGGUGUUUCUUGAUCGUUCGCCAGCUUGUUCGUACGGUGCCUGUGCCCGUAAAACGGGGCUAGUGUACACGACGAUGUUUCGCGGCGGAUGUGCAUGACUUAAUUGGACCGUUUUACAUCACCCCCUGGGGGAGGGGCGAUUAUUUCCUGUUCCUGAUCUCUUCCAGCAUUCAGCGAGUGAUUAGUGUUUUUGAGAGUGUUCAAUUUACUAGCGACGUCCCAACAUGGUGGAUAAUUGACAUUCCUUCACUUUAAAGACGUUCAAUUAGAGUUGCUUUACCGGUGCAGUUGUUACGGAUGGCGCAUAAAUUGCGCUAUCCCCGAAGGCUGUCCGCAUCCGUUUGUGUAAGAAUAACGCUCUGUAACAACAAACGAGACUCGUCGAGCAGUGUAGUUGUCUGUACUGGUACUGUUCUUGAAAAACGUACGAUAAGCACGCGCGAAUGGCGCUCCGGUGCUCGAACAGCUGCAGCUGACGACAGGCGGAUCGGUCGUAAUUCAGUUGUCUUCAAUGUGAGACCGGCUUGAUAAUGUGUCCAUGACUCACACGGGGCACGCUAACGGCCUUGGAAUGUAAACAUUCCGUCGCGCGCAAGAGGACAAAAGACAAGAAAUCAUUAUUGGUGGAAUCUUCGGAUCGCUACAAAGCAUACAUCCGGGCUGGUUUGCAAUUCUUCAUUUCUACGAUCCAAAUUUUAGUAAUGGUAUUAAGUUUCUCACUCUUCAACAUGAUACGAAGUCACAUAUUUUUUUUUGUAUUUUUGUUAUUUGCUGCCAUCCUCUCCAAUUUUUUUUUGUAGAUGCGUAGGAAUGGAAUUUUCAUGUGGAGGAAUGGUCUCUUAGUCGGGUAGAGUAACACUUGUGCAUUUGAUAGGAUUUUUUUUUAACAGUGAACAGAUUGAACAGAGGGUACAGGUUACAGUUUCCGGAGUUUUGAUAUGUCUUUCUUUUGAAUAUUUCGUUUUGUGUACGCGACAGUGAUAAUACGCGAGCGCAUAUAUUGUUAACCAAAAGUUUAAGAGCGCAAGUGAGUGUGUGAGCAGCGUGUGCUAGAUCAAGCGUGACCGAUUUUUGUAGCUCGACACACUACCCUAUGGAGAGGAAGGAGGAGAAGGAAAAGGUGAAAGCACAUCGCAAACGUUCCGGUGAGCAUCAUCCGCCGCUGCAUUCGACGAGACGGGAAACGCUUCCCACACCGCCCCCGGAUCCAACGACACCGUCUGCCAUUGCCGAUGGGUUACCCCACGGUGCGUCAGCAUGUGACACAUCCGCUAGUACCGGAAGCUACACGGAAACGGAUCCAUUCAAGCGUCUGUUUACGUACCGGGAGCGAGAAGCACAGUUUCUACGGUUGCUGUGUGAAUGUGACCCAGGGCAGGAUGCCGGUAUCAGAAAACCACCCGGUCCAGGUACCCAUUCACAGUCACUGCCGGCAAGCGGCGGUGCGAAAGAGGCUGUGUCGAGUGUUAGCGUUUCCUCCGAUGUGAUGGGACGCAAUGAGCCGGGGUUUGAUUCGGCCAACGAGUUUCUGAUGCUGUUGAACCGGGCUGGCCCAUCGGUGGCAGCCGCCCUUUCAACAAAAGAUGCGAUCGAUCAGCUGGAUCGGUUGCAUGAACUGAUCGGUCAGUUUCUUACGCUGCAGGAACAAAACAUGCGGAUGCACUGGCAGUUGAAGAAUGUGGAAACGCUGCGCAAGCUAAAGUUGAUGCAGAUUUCGAUUGCGAAAGAUCCGGAUGCGUUUAUCAUCAGCAGCGGUGGUUUGGCGGAGGAUACGUCCGACAAUGAUCUGCUGGAUAAUGAGAUCGAGCAGAAUCUGGCACUGCUGGAAACGAUACUGGCCGCCGGUAACUCGGCAAGCAGCAAGCGCAGCAGCUCGAAAAGAGAGCGCAGUAAAUCGGUGAUUAACGAUGAGAUCACAAACUUCCAGCUGCAUCGCAAGGAGAGCGGUGGCCGUAAUUAUCCACUGCGCCGCCAGAGCGCUGUGUCCGACUUCAAACCGAAGGUGUCCAAAUGGACGAAGGUAAAGGCGGCUUUCAAGUGGGAAAAGACCAGCGCACUACCGGCGAACGAGAUCAAGAGUUCGGAAGCGAUGAUGAUACCGGUUAACAAUGAGGUGGCAAGAUAUCUGCGCGUACCAUCAAUACCGUGUGUCGGCAGUUCCGGGGAUUCGGUGUUUAGCUCGUCGUCCGGGAUUGUUGUCAGCGGUGGAUCGGCUCCUGGCACGCCGGGUGAAAACAGCUUGGCUAGUUCGGCGGAAAAUCUUACCGACAUGAACGAAGACACUGGUGGCGCCUCGGGAAACCAUCGGGAUAGACACGGCAAGCGAGACUCGGUGAAGAGUACGGAGCGAAGCAGCCAGGAGGAAGAUGCACGACGGUCCCGAUCACUUGAUGGGGAAGCUAUUCUCGAGCCGAUUCGUCAGAUGGAUAAGAACAAGAAUAAAUCUGCCUGGAGCAAGGUGAAGGGUAUUGUGAAAAAUCACCGUGGAUCGCUUAAAUCGAACGAGUCGCGUCGGGAGGCUAAACCUUCGAACAGUGUCGGCUGUAGCCGGGAGGCCAGUCCAUGCGAAUCGAUGGAUGCCUGCGAGAUGACGAUGCAGCGCGAUCGCUCCGAUUCGUUCUCUUCCAACCAAACGUCACCCGGCCAUCGAUCGUCAGCGAUGACACCGACCUUCCUGUUGCUGCCCGUAACGGUAGCAGGAGGGGACAACAGUGCACCUAGUGGUCCAAAUUCACCUUGUGGUUCCAUCCCAGGGACCCAGACCACCCUGUCCAGUGGAGAGGAUGGCGAUUGGAAACCAACGAGCAUUGCUACCGAUAGUCGAACACAACGCAAUGGCAGCGGAGACAAAGGUAUUUCACCGGGUUCGUCCACAACCGCAAUGGUUGCCCCCGGGACGAGUCGUGGAUCUCGCAAAAGCAAACACAUACCUGAUAUUGCAUCCGUACCUGAAGGAGUACCGGUAGAGACAAGGUCACCGGUCGGUAGCACCACCACCCACACAAACACCAACAGCAGUAGCAGUAUUAGUAAGCUAAGAAAAUCACCCCCCAAACCACUCAGCUUAACCCGACAACCAGACUCAGUCGAUGUAUCCGGCUCGGAUCAUCCAGAUGGCACGGCUCUUUCAUUGUCCUCGUCGCCUGGUCCGAAGUAUUCACCGAAACGUAAAAGCUAUGCUGGAAUUUCACUCGAUCCCGAAGGUUCGCUUCCUGGCAGUCCAUCUGGCAAGCAGUUUGGCUUUUUCACUGGUGGUACCGAACGAGUGGCAGAGUUGGUCGAACCGGGCUAUUCUAGUGGAGAUGUGUCCGAUCAGAAUACACCGAAGCGAAGACCUUCACCGAAACAUCGCACAUUGCAGCGACAACGGGAGGAAAUUGAGCGUCGUUACCAGGAGCUCCAGUUGAAACUGCAGCGUGAGUUUGAUGCCAAGCAACAAGAAUGGGAACGGAUACGACCGGCAGCACUCCUGCUAAACAACAGCCCUUUAUUGCUUCUAGUAAACCAGCUGCUAAAGGAUGAAGCUUCCGGGGUGCAUGGUGCAGGCACAGCCAAAUCACAACCACCUCCAAUCGUCGAGGACAAUCUGACACCGGACUUCAAAAAGAAGCUUAACGAAUGGCGCACGAAGCCGGGAAUGGCAAAGUACUCGAUGGUUGAUUCCAAGAAGAAACCGAUAACCGAUUGGCAACUUUGGAAAACGGGACAGAUCAAAUUGGAAGGUCAGGGAUUGAAGCAACUGCCCGAUGCUAAAGAUUUGCCGGAAGAUUUUCAGAAAAAACUAUCUGAAUGGAAGCAGAUGAAGGCAGCGAACAAAGUCCCGCCAUAUACCACACAAUCAUCCCAGGGCGGUUCCAGCGAGGGUGGAUCUUCGAUGAAGCGCCAACAAUCAAAAGCAUCCGGCAGUGCGGUGAAGAAGUCGAAAACUUCCGACGAGCUUGAGAAAGAUCGACACCAGCAACAGCAAGGCUUAUCCAAGUUAAAGGCGCUUGUAACUACAUCGGAAGCACCCAAAAAAGAGCUGGUGGUCCAGACAACCAAAGGUUUCAUCAAAUUUGAAGGGAUUUCUCGCAAAUUUACCCGUAAACUUUUCGAAUGGGAAAAGGCGAAGGGCAUUGGUCCGGAAGCGUCCACAAUUGCGCUUCUACAUCCAGGAUACGCACCGGUGGUAGUUGAAACGCAUGGCGUUGUGCUGGAGAACAAGCGAGAAAAGUCGCCAGCAUUAGCACGUUCACUUUCGAUGGACAGUAUAGCGCCUGUGCCUUCUGCAUCGUCAAUAUCGCAUCAGCCAUCUAGUCUUUCGCUCAAUGAUGCCGACGAACUGAAAGAUGUCGAUAAGGAUAGUGGUUCUAAUCGACGGGUUUCGUCUAAUCCGGAGCUAGAGCUUUCUGCAGAACGUGAAGAACCGGGAGCCGUUUUAGUGGAAGUUGAGGAUGAAGUACUCGAGGUGGUUGAUCCAUUAAUGCCGGUACUGCCAGAUGAAGAACGGAGACAAUCGACCACACUAGGAGUGAACCAGAAAACUAAAGAGUCUGGAUACCCGUCAAGGCCUUCGAGCAACAGUAGUUCAAUCCUUAAAGACUCCACAAAGUUGUUGAUACGAUUGAGCGAACAGGACUCGGUAGAUCGGGACGAGGUGCGUCGAUUGAAGAUCGUUCUGCGUGCCCUCAUCGCAACACUGCCCGAAUUUGUGGAAACUGGGUCGCGUAACAGUAUUGCAUUUUUUGCCUACAUGAAGGAUCUUGCGCUCGAUAUACUUCGCUAUCUGCAUCGCUUCGACGACGGAACGCUCAAGGAUGCCGGUGAGGUGUUGAGCAAUGUGCAAACCAUUAAUGGAGCAGUGGCCGAAUUGAAGAAGUCACUCCACUCUUAUAUGAAGUACGCCACAGCCAAUGCUAACGGGCGUAAGGAUGAAGAAAUACCACAGAUCAGUAUUACACCGGCCGUAGGGGCCCAGGCAACGACAUCAAUACAGCGGACCGAAGAUUCGUUCCGCAGCAUGGCUACAAUCAACGUGACUCCAACGUUUGUGUGCAAUGCGGUGCGUGUCAAUACGGUGGAGCUAGUUCAACCUAAUCCCACGGUACAUCGAUUUCCCGUCAGUUCGGAAUCAGAACCAGCUCCCCUUACCUCGCAGUCGCCAGAUUCGUCUGCUCACACCCCAACAGCACCGCUGCAGGUUUGCCAGUGCAAAGACUCACCAGAGAAAGAACCCCGUGAUGCAUCCGGUAAAAAGCUGCAACGAAAUCUAAGCAACGGAAGUCGCCGUAAGGCACGUAUCAAGCGGAUGGGUUCCCGGCAGAGCAGCAAAACAGAGAGCGACAGUGACGAUAGUCCGCAAAAUUACGUCUUGGACGUGCCACGCAAGACAAAGCGCAAAACAAGCCGAGCGAAAAAAUCCGCCUCAGAUUCGACAGAAAAACUGCCCACAGCACCGACCGGUGCCGAAAAAGCAUCCGAAGAUGUAGUGUACGUGUUGAAAAUAAAACCGGGACAAAAAAUUGAACAGUUAGAGCGGCCACAGCCGCAAAACGCAUCGAUCGGAAUGGCACCAGCUGGCGGGGAGGAUGUCCUUAUUUCUCCACGGGAAACGUGCGUUGAGCUGCUAGAGGCAACGCAUCCUACCGUCGCCGAACAAACGGCAGUAACCUGCCCGACCAGUGUGCUGGUGAAAACUAAACGGAAAAUCUUCACUACACUUGAAAGUGAUAGCUUGCCGGUACUGGGUUCCGGAAGCGUCAAUCAACCGGUCGCCUUCAGUCAGGAGCUAGAGUCCGGAUCUGGUGCAUCGGAUCGAAAUGAUGCACCAGAGACGGUGGUGAAUGUCGUACUGUCUCCCAGCCAAGAACAAAAGAUCGUUACAAAUUUACCACCAUUACCCCAGUCCCCAAGCAUGCAACGACGGAUGGAUGCGUCGAAGGCACCGAACAAGGAACUGUCUCCCAAUAUACGGCUAAUGAUCGCCAAGUACAACCAACGUCUAACGACGGAAAAGAGUGGUGCCUCUCCGCAUAGUUCCGGAUCCUGUUCUCCAGUAGCGUGGCGAUCACCCGUCCUUGAUCGACGUGUGCGCAAACAGACAGAAAAGUAUCAGGAAACGAUACAGCUAUCGAAAUCGGCCAGUGCCGGUAGCUUGCGGAAGUCCUUGAAACAACUGGAAGAAGAAAAAGAAUGCGAAUUGGCAUGCAGAGGGCCAAACGGUACAGCAGGAGGUGAUGAUCGAGAUCGUACGAGGGUGAUAAAAUCAUUCAGUGCCAGCAAGAUCGAGGGAACGAGCAAGAAUGUGAUGGAACAGCGUGAGUUGACUGUUGGACACCUUGAAAAGGAACCAUCGCCCGAGCUUGGUACGUUUCUUGCGUGUGAUAGUCUACGAAGGCGCGAUACUUUAUCCCGCUUGGAAAGGACACGUGAACAGCAAGCUGCGAAAGAGCUAUCAUCCAGCAUUUCGAGCUCGCUAUCGUGUCAAGCGGCUACAAACGUGACCGGUACGAUCAGAAAGGAACGUCUGUACAAAAAGCGUACCGAGUCUCCCAUUGCAAUUGGAACGACGACAGGCAGUAUCAAGAAGGGUACGACACGUAGUGAAAAGUAUACGCGCUGUCGAUCUGUACCUAACGAGGAGUGCGCUACGGAGGUGCUGAUUUCGUCCAAAGCUCUCAAACCACCCAGUCCACGAUUGAUCGCAAGACGAAGGUUGAAUCUCGAACAGCAACGAACCGAAUUCUCAAGAUCUGCUCCAACGACACCACUGGAAGAGAACCGCAGUAUUGUCGUCCCACUGAGCCAACGUGCCUUGAAGCUAAAGAAAGCGAAGGAAGAGUUCCUGCGGGCUCCAACCGGUAAUAGAUAUGAAGCUACGGGUUCGGACACUUCGGAGGCAUGGAGUAAUCGUAUUAGCCAGAUCAGUGUAACCAGUACGGCGUCGUCCAGUGUGGUGGAGGGUGAGUUAACACUACUCAUGAAGAGUGCCAGUGCGGGCGUGAUUGGUGUACGCUCUUCUGUCGAUCGUGAUACGGUGCUUACAUUGCGCCGGAACGAGUCAGGAUCGUCGUGUAUCGACGGUGAAGGUGCAGGAGGAUCGAUAUCGCGGCACAGUAUCAGCACGGUAAGUGCUGCCGGUGUGCCUGGUGGUGCCGGUGGAUCCCUUGCAGCUAGCAGCAGUGGAAGUCGUUUCGGAGGUCUAUCGAAUCUCGCCUCGAAGCUACGGAAGGUGAAGCUCCGGCGCAGCAGCAAGGAUCUCAGUAAGAUGCACGCCAUUUCGGCACUCUGUCGGCAGAGCCUGAUGGUGGACAUCAGUGGUGAGGCGGCAGCAAAGAUGGGCAGCGCACAGAGUCUUGGAUCACCGCGCCGGACCGGUCAUCGGGUGGGCGAACUGGAGGAGGAUCCCGAUAACCGUGAUGGUGAGGGCGAACCGCUAAAAAAGUCCGGCAGUGUACAGGCUAUCUGUAACCGUUUUCGACGCAGUGGGGAACGUAACGAUGAGCUGAAGAAGAGUCGCAGCUUAGGGUUUCUAGAGCCCGAACGGAAAGGUUCGGGAUAAUGUGGUUAAGCUUUCCGCUUUUGGCAAAAAAAAACAAUAUACUUUGCAAGAACACUUUGGAAAUGAUAGAUGGAUGUACACUUUGCUAGUAGAAAUCGGAUGUAAAUUAUUGCCAAUUUUUGGAAGUGCUGUGUGGCAGCUACGGAGGUACGUGCGCGCAUUAGAGUCUACGGUUUCGGUUCGAUCAUCUUCACUUCACUGGAUGGGCUGUGGAAUGUAAGGUUAGGUGUGACGACUACGAUCGAAUCCGCUUCGCACUUCUAUUGAUGUUUCGUCUUAUACGUUGUUUUACGCUCUAUUGUAUAUGUUUUCGCUCUUCCGUAGGAUGGAGUAUUGAUGUCUUUUUUUCCUCGAAUGAAAGCGAAAUAAAUGAAAUGACGAGUAAUUAGUGGUGCAGUUCCGUAAGCAUGCUGUCCAAAUCUACCGAAAGUAUAUAAAUGACUUGAUCGAUCGUUAAUGAUCGUUUUCAUGGUUGAAAUGGUUGAAUGAAAAGGAUAAUAUCUCUUUAGUGGAUUGUUUCCUAAGGGUUUAGUUGGGUACUUAGAGCAGAUCCACAAAUUAUGACAUCCUUGUUGCAACAUUAAACAAUAAUGUACAAAUUUCCUCUGCAUCAGUUUGAAAAAAAAAAUGUCCUGAGAAAGGCGUCACAAUGAUGUUGUGCGCACUCAAUAUUAACUCUGCGAUCAGGACGUUUUUCGUUGUUGUCAAGCUCAAUCAAUAUUAAAAGAUCUCAAGUAGUUAGUAAGCAAUGCUUAUUGAAAAAAAAACUAAUUUUUCCAUAUAGUCCUGAAAGUCCAAAGGCUGAAUUGAAUACUAACAAAAAUUUGAGUGCCAAGUGUAAUGACUACGCCGUAAUCCGCUUUAUCUUUCCCAUUUUCAGCUUAUUUUAGCCGUCACCGAUGUACGAAAGUAGAUUAAGCUCAAGGUAGGGUUUACAUUGAUUUGUGAACAGCUAUCUUAUCGUGUACGGUGUACAAUUAAUCCACUCAUAAAGCCCUACAUUGUGCAACGUGUACCAACGAAAUUGAAGGACGGGAAUUUGAAACAACGAAACACUUCCCACUGUGGUAACUGCACGAAGUUGCAAUGAACCAAAUUUAAGCGCUACACCACCUAAUUGCUGUGAGUGAUAACUCGCUGGUGGAAGACGUUCUUUACAGUGUACCGAUCAAUGCUCGUUCCUAUCGUCACCUUUAUUCGGUGGCCGUUAAACCCUAGACACUCUUGUCACCCGAUCCGCCAACCGAACAGGCGGAUGGAAUGGUGAUGAAAAUAUUUAUAUUAAAAAAAAGAAGCAAACUC